AUGUGCGUCCCUAUCCAGAAUGUGGUUGAUGGCGGCGGCGUAGUGACGGAAGCAAGCAUGUAUCGGGAACGUAGCAUAUCGCACUCCGACAUCCUGAGAAAGACUAGAAGUCGCUGCGAGGAGGGGUUUCAAAAGCAGGCCGUUUUCCACACGCCCGCACUUCCUCUGCGUUGCCAUGAGCUGGUCAUGGCAUGGGCAAGGUCUCCCGCCGCCAAUGCUGUCUCCGCAACAGCCUCUACCUCCACCAUUUCCUGCUCCUGGUCAUCAUCCGCCGCCUCCUCCACCGGCAUGGUCCUUUCCAUAUGGCCAUGCUCCACCGCCACCGCCGUUUUGCAAUCCGCCGGCUCCAAUUCCGUAUCAGUCUUCUAUCCCUUGGCCGUCGAACCCACAUGGAAUGUGUUGGCAACAGCAUCAAGUGGCGAUGCCAACGCCGAGAAACAUGGGGCCAGUCCCGACUCAAGGGGCACACAAGAGACGAAGACCCAAUGA